CUCCCUCCCUCCUCCUGAGUCUGUGUCUCCGCUCACAUCUUCCGCGAGCUGCGCGCGUGUCAGUGUAUGCGUGAGAACCGGCUAACUAACCGUGCGGACACGUGACCCAGCAAGAUAUGCUCGUGAUAUCUGUCAAGAGUACCCAUAUUUCUUAUACAGAUUGGUUUAUGGACAUAACUCUGGAAUCAGCUGUUUGCGUUAACAGUGAUUGUUGAUUUGAAAUAUUGAAGACCUAAACAGUAUGGCCUGGGCAUGCUUGCAACCUACAAAUAUAUAAUUGGAAAAUUCACAACUCGUUAACUGAAAACUAACUUCAGAAGCACAGAUGAGGAAUUAACUGGCUUCACUACAUGCAUGUUUUUAUUUUGUCUUCAGCAAUAAGCAAAGGUGGGUGGCAACAUUUAAGGAAAGAAAGAAGGUGGAUUAACAGAUCUUCCAAACUAUUAAUGUUUGUUUGUGUUGAUAUGGACAUGCUGUUUCUCUUGUCCUGAUGGCGGCUCAUCAGGACGAAUCUUGGCUUUGAAACUGACGGAUUCUGCCUGUUCUUCAUUUUAAAGGAAAUUACUCAAAGCCAUUAUCAACCUGUCACUCCUGGGGUGUUAUUUCAAGCAGAAUGUGAAAACCUUUGCCUCUUCAGACAGUCUAGCAAAGGUCCAAGAAGUAGCAAGCUGGCUUUUGGAAAUGAAUCAGGAACUGCUGUCUGUGGGCAGCAAGAGGCGACGUACUGGAGGUUCUGUGCGAGGUAAUGCUUCCUCCAGCCAAGCUGAUGAGGAACAAAUGAACAGAGUAGUGGAGGAGGAGGAACAACAGCAUUUAAGACAGCAUGGGGAAGAGCACAUUGUGCAGAAUGGGGAACUGGAUGAAGAUGGGCCUGGAAGUGUGGAGAGAAAUGUAUCGCAGGAGGAUCAAGUUGAGGAAAACAAUAAUAGCUGUAUUGUAGCUAGCCAGGACUCUGAUCAUCCUGAUGAACAAGAUCAGCAGCAGGACGAGGAGGAUGAAGACCAGGAAAACGAGGAGGAAGAAGAAAUGGACCAAGAGAGUGAUGAUUUUGAUCCGUCUGAUGACAGCAGUCGAGAGGACGAUCAUAGAAAUGGUAGUGAUAUAUCUAAUUGCAAUAGUAUGAUGGACAUGUCCAUACACCAGCACUCUUCUCUGUUCCACACAAAGACGAAGAUGAAGAGAAAGUUGGACCACGGAUCCGAGGUCCGUUCUUUCUCUUUGGGAAAGAAACCCUGCAAAGGCUCAGAGUAUACAAGUUCAACAGGUCUUGUGCCAUGUUCAGCAACACCUACUACAUUUGGAGAUCUAAGAGCAGCAAAUGGGCAAGGUCAACAGAGGCGUCGGAUUACGUCAGUCCAGCCACCUACUGGUCUGCAGGAUUGGCUCAAAAUGUUCCAGAGCUGGAGUGGACCAGAAAAACUACUUGCUUUAGAUGAACUUAUUGAUAGUUGUGAACCCACCCAAGUAAAGCAUAUGAUGCAAGUGAUUGAGCCACAGUUUCAACGAGACUUCAUUUCCCUGCUGCCUAAAGAGUUGGCCCUGUAUGUGCUCUCAUUCCUUGAACCCAAGGAUCUGCUGCAGGCAGCACAGACUUGUCGGUACUGGAGAAUCCUGGCAGAGGACAACCUUCUGUGGCGAGAAAAAUGCAAAGAAGAUGGAAUUGAUGAACCAUUACAUAUAAAGAGAAGGAAAGUUCUAAAACCAGGCUUCACACACAGUCCAUGGAAAAGUGCUUACAUUAGACAGCAUAGAAUUGAUACAAAUUGGCGACGAGGUGAACUAAAAUCUCCAAAGGUGCUUAAGGGUCAUGAUGAUCAUGUAAUCACAUGCUUACAGUUUUGUGGUAAUCGAAUAGUUAGUGGUUCUGAUGACAAUACAUUAAAAGUAUGGUCAGCAGUUACUGGAAAGUGUCUAAGAACGCUUGUUGGGCAUACGGGUGGAGUCUGGUCGUCCCAGAUGAGAGAUAACAUAAUUAUCAGUGGAUCUACAGACAGGACGUUAAAAGUAUGGAAUGCAGAGACUGGGGAAUGUAUACAUACUUUGUACGGACACACCUCCACUGUGCGCUGUAUGCAUCUCCAUGAGAAAAGAGUGGUAAGUGGAUCACGGGACGCCACACUUCGGGUUUGGGAUAUUGAGACAGGACAGUGCUUACAUGUUCUUAUGGGGCAUGUUGCAGCUGUACGAUGUGUUCAGUACGAUGGACGAAGGGUGGUUAGUGGUGCUUAUGAUUUCAUGGUUAAAGUCUGGGAUCCAGAGACUGAGACCUGUUUACACACUCUGCAAGGUCACACUAACAGAGUCUACUCCUUACAGUUUGAUGGCAUCCAUGUAGUAAGUGGCUCCCUGGAUACUUCAAUCAGAGUAUGGGAUGUGGAGACAGGGAAUUGUAUCCACACAUUGACUGGGCAUCAGUCGUUAACCAGUGGAAUGGAGCUGAAGGAUAACAUCCUUGUGUCAGGAAAUGCUGAUUCUACUGUUAAAAUCUGGGACAUUAAGACUGGGCAGUGUUUACAGACAUUGCAAGGUCCCAACAAACAUCAAAGUGCUGUGACAUGUUUACAAUUCAACAAGAAUUUUGUAAUAACCAGCUCAGAUGAUGGGACUGUAAAACUGUGGGACUUGAAAACGGGUGAAUUUAUUCGGAACCUGGUAACGUUGGAGAGUGGUGGCAGCGGAGGUGUUGUAUGGCGAAUACGAGCUUCUAAUACAAAGCUUGUGUGUGCUGUUGGAAGCAGAAAUGGGACUGAGGAGACAAAGCUGCUGGUGCUGGACUUUGAUGUGGACAUGAAGUGAGGACUGGGGAGAUAAGUUUGUCCAAAUUUCUUGACUGCAUAUUUCCCCAAUUUUCUGACUCCCCGUUCAUCCCCACUCCUUCCUGCUCAACAAAAAAAUCCAUUGGCCUUGGUGAAGCAGAUUCUUGGCUUGGGGCAACAGAUGGCAAAGACCUACAUAUCGAGGAUGAGAUAGCGUGCUACAUCUACUCUUUUUGAUGUUGGUAACCUUUUUCUUUUGCAAAAAGGAGGACUUUCAAAACCAAACCAGGUGCAGUUGUUGUUUUGUCCCAAACUCAUCAAUAGGCAGUACCAGCAGUCUUGCAUUUUGAUGGACUGUAAUGCCAGACCCUUGCUCAAAUCUACAUAUAUCAACAAAACCAUGCUGGUUGACUUAUAAUGAGAGCAUUUGCAACAAAGUCAUUUUCUGGUUUUGGAAAUGCUAAAACAUUAACUGUGAAUUGUUUUUGUACAGUUUUAUCACUUUUUGCCGACUAUUGCCAAUGUCAAUCACAGUAUUAGCCUCUGUUUAUAUUUUUACUGUUGCUUCCAUUACACUCUUUAAACCCUUGGCUGGCAUGGAGCUGCAACGCAUUGCAUAGUAAAGUUUUGUAGCCUACACUUACAGCCAAUGGGUCCAAUGCAUACAUUGCUCUAGGGUGGCAAGUUUGUCUCAGUUCUCAGACGGAUCUAAAUCUUGAUGCUGGUGCUAGCAGUAGGUUUUUACAAAUGGGAUUGUUGUCCCACAGCUGUACUGUAUUCCCAGUGGCCAAACAUAUUUAUGCUGCUAAAUGAAAGAGAAAAAAAAAAGCAAAUUUUUUUUUAAUUAUUAUUUUACUGCUGUGACGUUUUAGUCCCAGACGGAAUUCCAAAUUUGCUCUAGUUUGGAUACGGAAAAAGACUUUUUUGCCACUGAAAUUUGAACUCACUGUGCCUCUAAGAGGCCGAAAGUGGGGACGUUUCAGACAAUUAAGAGUGAAGUUUGCCUGCAAAGAGAAAAAAAAUCGAGAGUGUGCAAAGCUUAUUUUGUGUUGAAGCAAAAUGUAAACACAUUCCUUAGAACAAAGCUAUAAUAGCUUGGUUCUGUGGAGAUUUUUUUUUUUGUGAGGGCUGUGGUGAAUGUAAUGUGUAUAUAACACAACUGACAGAUGUUUUACAAAAAAAGUUAAAUAAAAAAAAUAAAAAAUAGAAAAUAAAAGAAAAUAAAGUUGCUGGUCAGGCUCCAUACAGUAUUUGCGGGAAAACAACUGUUACAGUUUUAAUAUGGUAUAUUAUCUUGUGAAGCAAAAACUAAUUGGUUUUUGCAGUGCAAGCUUCACGUACAAGGAAACUAAACCAUACAAUUGUCAAAUAAUUUGCCUCAUUUUCCAAGAGUCACAACUCAAGCUGAACUGUGAAAAGUGGUUUAACACUGUAUCCUAGACGAUAUUUUUUUUUCCUCCUCCUCCACUUCUUGUUUUUGUUUUAUUAUUUAUAGUCUGGUUUUAAAGCAAUCAGAUUCCAUUUGGUUCAUUUUACAGUUCUGUAACAACCUGACGCGAUGGAGGAAAACUAUGUUUAAAGGGAUUGUGUCUAUGGUUUGAUUCACUUAGAAAUUUUAUUUUCUUAUAACUUAAGUGCAAUAAAAUGUGUUUUUUCAUGUUA